CCCCGGAGGUCCGAAGUGAAGUAGCUGGCAAACUGGCACAAGUGCAAAGUGUGUACCUGUGAAGAAUUUCCUUCUUCCGUAAAGUGUUUGUGUGUGUGUGUGUGUGCGUUAAGAGUGAAAGUUUCCGGUUUUUUCUUUUUCGGUGGAAGAUUGUUGGAUGCGGAAAAUCGCGCGUGAAAAAUGAAUAACAACAGUUCGCGUACGCAUCAGCCCUGGCUGUUCAACAACUCGCUGGCCAUCCGCCAGGAGAUACAGCGGUUCGAGAGCGUCCAUCCGUCAAUCUACGCCAUCUACCACCUGAUCGAUCUCAUUCCGGACGUGCAGGUCGCGCAGCAGAUCCGCGAUCAUGUCGUCUGCAUAGAAGAUUCGUUCGUCAACAGCCAGGAAUGGACCAUCUCACGAUCCGUGCCGGACAUCCGCCUCGGUAUCGUUGGCAGUCUCAGCUCUGGCAAAUCGGCCCUGGUGCACCGCUAUCUCACCGGCACGUACAUGCAGGAGGAAUCGCCCGAAGGUGGCCGGUUCAAGAAGGAAAUUCAGAUCGACAAUCAAAGCUACCUGCUGCUAAUACGGGACGAAGGUGGACCCCCAGAAAUUCAGUUCGCUGCAUGGGUUGAUGCGGUAAUCUUUGUAUUUAGCCUGGAUAAUGAGUCUAGCUUCAAUGCGAUCUACACCUACUACAACCGGAUAGCGCAUCAUCGCAACACGGCCGAAAUUCCGUUUAUUCUCGUUGGAACGCAAGAUGGCAUUUGCGAACGAGCACCACGAGUAAUUGACGAUGCACGGGCCCGAAAGUUGGCGCAAGAUUUGAAACGGUGUACCUAUUACGAAACCUGCGCCACCUAUGGAUUAAACGUGGAACGAGUGUUUCAAGACGCCUGUCAAAAGAUUGUCCAGCAGCGUCUUUCGACCGGAUCGACGAUAACGCCAACAAACUCACGGCCCACAACACCGCAAGGUACGCGGCUCGGUGUGGCCAGCUUUCACCCAUCAGUUCCUAGCCCCACGAAUGGGUUUUCCGGUGGUCCACAGCUAGGCAGCAACUCUUCGCCCAGCCAUCAGCAACAACAUCCCACGCAUCACCAAACCACUGCCGGCGGCACUAUGACAUUGCCCCACCGGCAUCACGUCCUCUCUGCCUCGAGCCAUCACAUUCCGAUCAAGAUCAGCCAGGAGCUGAUCGGUGCCGAGGCACAGCAUCAUCACCAUCACCACACCAAUGUGGCCGGUGCGAAUGGUGGCGGUGCGCAGAAAUGGGGCACGAUCUCUCAUGGCACCUCCCAGCAAGCACUGUUGGCGCUGACAAACGAAAAUAAUAAUAUUGCCAAGUUUGUCCCACCAUCACAUCCCGUCUCGAGCGGACCAACCGAUACGCUGCAACCGCUUGGACUGUCCGCAAUGUCGGCGAAGGACAGCAGCAGCAGUGGCGGUGGUAAGGAGGGAAAAGAUGGCAAGGAGCUACCGACGCCCACGUCAACACCGACCACAUCACGCAAGAGUCGCCGAAGAUCGAACCUGUUCAUCCCGUCGUCCUCAAAGAAGGAGCAACAGCAGCAGGAAAAAAUCAAGAACGGUGAGCUCGGAUCCGGCCGGGCCAUUCCGAUCAAGCAAGGCUAUCUGUACAAACGCAGCAGCAAAUCGCUCAACAAAGAGUGGAAGAAAAAGUACGUCACGCUGUGUGACGAUGGUCGGCUCACGUACCAUCCGUCCCUGCACGACUACAUGGAGGAUGUACACGGGAAGGAAGUAUCGCUGCAGUACGUCACGGUAAAAGUGCCGGGACAGAAGCCUCGGGGCACCAAGUCCAUCAUCACGAAUAGUGCUCUAACGGCAGCGGCUGCCGCUGCUGCCCAAGCGUCCACCAAUAAUGUUACGAAUGGGUCGAACGGUGGACAGACGGCUACGAGCAGCUCGAACGGUCUUACCGAAGGUAUUGGUGGACUCUCGCUCGCCAAAGAUCGGAAAUGCACCGAGAAGGUCCUGCUGACGGCAUUCGAUACGUUGCGUGAACCGGUUAAAUCCAACUCCCAAACUAGCGGCGAUGAAGGCAUCGUGAUCAGUAGCAGCAACUCGCAGGGUUUCCUGGGCUGUGAUAGUAGCAACACGGCAGGUGCCGGAGGAGGCAACAAGAUCGAUGCGCAAACGCCAAAUGUAAAGAAACGGCACCGACGCAUGAAGAGCAGUGGCGUGGGGAAGAACAGUGAAUAUGAUGAUUCCGACGGGUUCGAGUUCUACAUCGUAUCGCUGGACAACAAGCAAUGGCACUUUGAAGCCUCCAAUUCGGAGGAACGCGACGAAUGGGUUUCGGUGAUAGAGCAAGAAAUUUUCAAGAGUUUGCAAGGCAUCGAAUCGUCCAAGUCGAAACCACUGAACCCGAGUGAUAUUGCAUCGAUGCAAUCCAUUCGAAGCCGUGUCCCUGGCAACGGUUACUGUGUUGACUGUGAUUCACCAAAUCCUGAAUGGGCUAGCCUGAAUCUGGGCGUAUUGAUGUGUAUCGAAUGCUCCGGAGUGCACCGAAACUUGGGUUCACACAUCAGCAAGGUGCGAUCACUGGGAUUGGACGAAUGGCCUCCUGGACAUUUGAGCGUAAUGCUUGCGAUCGGCAACAGUUUAGCAAACUCCGUGUGGGAAGCAAAUACGCGUGGUCGCGUGAAACCAACGCCCGCCAGCUCCCGGGAGGAGAAGGAAGCGUGGAUAAGGAGCAAGUACGAAGGCAAGGACUUUUUGCCCCACUUUAAUCCUUCACCCCCGAUCGGUCAGCAGCUAUGUGAAGCGGUCGUCCGUUCGGACAUGAAGUCCAUCAUUAUCCUGCUGGCGAACGCAUCGAACGAGCAUAUCAACUCGACCGCUAGCAACCGUGAUCUCCGGACGCCAUUACUGUUGGCCUGUGCCAUCGGUAAUCUAGCCAUCUCGCAGCUACUAAUAUGGCAUCAUGCCAACCUGAAGCACGUGGAUAGCGAAGGCCGUUCGUGCCUAACCUUCGCCAAGGCGGCUAACUCGCUUGCCGCCGCAAAACAGGCCACCAACUCGCCUCAUCACGUCAACGUAGAAACGACGACGGCCCUGGUCGAGCUGCUGACCAGUCUCGGCUGUACGGAUCCGGCACCGUUCUCCGCCAGUGGUACGCUACCCCGCCGAAGGGAAACCAUCGAUCAGGCCACGUUCGAAAAGUUUUCCUCCAGUGUGAUCUGAAGUAAUG